AAGGCCGGAAAAGACUUUCUCAGAACGAUUACGAACGAUGGAUAAAAUCAUAUAUACAUAGGUAUAUCGUUAGAGAGUUCGAAAGUUGAUUACUAUACACGCGUUGCUGUACUCGUCAGUCAACGAACAUGACUCUACGCGAGUGGUACGCAAAUCGUGAAAUACUGUUAAUCGGGGUGACCAGUGAAUUAGGCCGAAAUCUUCUCGAGAAACUAUUACGUACAUUUCCAGACGUCAAAGUUAAUCUUAUUGUGAGAAAGAGAAAUAAUCUUACAAAGGAUGAUCGAGUUAAGAAGAUCUUCGAAUCACCUGGUUCAUCAGAAACAUCUAAGUAUGUAACAAAGAGUAUAAAACCGAUUGGAUCUACUGUAGAUUCGAAAAAAGUAAAAUUUUUUGCAAAAUUAAACAACAAAUGGUGGGAUCGGAAUGGUUAUUUAGCUCUUCUUCAUAUUAUGAAUAAUAUUAGAGUACAGUUUGUACAAGAUGGUUUAGCUAAAGCCGGCUUUAUCAAAGAUGAUGCAAAUUUACCUUUAGAAGGAAUAAAGAUUGUGGAUAUUGGUUGUGGUGGAGGAAUACUCUCUGAACCAUUAGCUAAAUUAGGAGCAGAAGUAACUGGAAUAGAUAAUUCAUUGGAACUGAUAAAUGUUGCAAAGGAACAUGCCUCAUUAGAUUGUAAUUUAUCGGGAAGAUUAAAUUAUAUUCAAACUACCAUUGAAGAAUUUGAAAAAGAAAAUAAAGAGAAAUAUGAUGCAGUGGUAGCUUCGGAAAUUUUGGAACAUGUAUUUAAUCAACAAUUAUUUAUUAAAUCGUGUUCAUCAAUUAUAAAACCUGGAGGAUCAUUGUUCGUUACUACCACAAAUAAAACUUUACAAUCUUGGUUGGCUGGAAUUGUGGCAGAGUAUAUAUUCAAUAUUUUAGCAAUUGGAACAAAUGAGUGGAACAAAUUUAUUUCGCCAGAAGAAGUUCAAUGUUUUUUAGAAACUUAUGGUUUGAAGACAAAAAUAAUUCGUGGGAUGAUUUUUAAUCUAAUAAAAUAUGAAUGGUAUUGGUCAUCAAAUGUUUCAAUGGGCUAUGCGCUUCAUGCAAUCAAACAAUAUGAGAGACUACGAGAGGAAGAUCCAGAUGCUAUUUCAAGGGUAACAGUUUACGAAGGUAAUUUGAUUUACGACGAUCUUGGAAUAACCAACGAGGAAAGGGAAAGAAUGAAGAAGAAGGUUAGCAUAGUAUUUCAUGCUAGUGGCCCGCACGACGCGAUAUUUCAAUUUUCGGAAGAAUUGCCAAAAUUAAAGACACUAGCGGCUACAUCGACAGUAUUUAAGUACAAAGGAAAGAUCAACGAGUGUUUACAAAAUGAAUAUAUACCGAACGUACCGCUCGCAUUGAUACGCGUAGCUCUUCUUGGGCCACCCCUUCAAGAACCAAUGCAAGGUCACGUCGAAAUACUCAAAGGAACAACCGCACUUAUGAUCGGUGCUGGAUACGUCCUAGGUAAUGCUCAAAAAUCUGCUGAAUUGACGCCCCUCGAUAUUGCCACCAACACACUGAUUGCAGCUGCUUGGGAGAGAGCUCAACGACCAAAAGACAUCGGUGCUGUUGUAUACAACACUGCGACGAUUGGUUGCACAUGGGGUGACCUUAUUGCAAAAGGUCAACGGGCUGCCAAAAAGUUUCCAUACCCGACAUUUGGAAUUCGUGGAAUAACAACUAUCGCUUGGUUACAUUGGGCAGUAGUACUUUUUCUUGAAUGGUUACCAUCGAUUUUGUGUGACACGAUUGUCGGACUAUGUGCCGGAAAGCAAAGGAUUGUGAAGGAACAUGAAAGAGUACGAAAAGCCUUGAAAUCCGUCGAAUCGAUUGCAUGGAGGUCCUGGUCAGCUGAGAGAAAUCGCAUAUACGUAUUACACCAACGUCUAAGCCAAAAUGACCAACAAACGUUUCCACUUAUCGUCGAUGCUGACAUUGAGAAUUACAUACUUUCAACAGCGGCCUCAACGAGAAAACAUUGCGUCGACGAAAGCACUCUUUCUCUCUUACGAAAUAUACGACUUUUCUUUAUUGUCGUUAUCCUUACACUUUUAUUCUCUUAUAUAUUUAUUUACGUGAAAUUUUUAUUAAUCAAUUAGACAUAUUUUCUAUUUACUUUUCAUCCUUUCUUUUAUUUUUAUAUUUCUUUUUUUCUUUCUUUUCAUUUAAAAAAAAUUUCCCUUCCCAUAAAACUAUCACAUCUCCUCUAAUCUUAUUACAUUAUCGUUCUCGUAUUAUUGCGAUAUAUCCAUCGUAAAGUUUGUAAAUUAAAUUUCAAUUGUUACAAAAUCAUUCAAUAUGAUCAUUAUUAAACGUUUAUAUAAUAAAAGACACGACGAAUAACCAGAGUGAUGUUUCCUCUCAUCUAAUGAUCGUUAUAAUGAGAAUUAGGUUUAUUUAGAUUAACAAAACGUAACGUUAAAGUAAAGAUACUCCUUGACGAUU